GUGACUCGCCAGAAGGCUGACAUAGGAAGCGCCGUUAUCGCGAGAUUCAAAUCCACCCAGCUCGCUGGACGCUAGUGCAAGAUGGAGAAAUGAAAUGUACACGCAUCUCGAUUGUUUUAGGAGACCACACACAACUAUGCUGAGGAGGAGGAAAUGGAGCUAGUGAACCGAAGCAGUUUCUGGAAUUGUGAAUGAAACAUGAUGUUAAGUGGGUAUUGCCAAAUUACUUACUGAGCAUCAGAUAGAAACUAGCGACAAUGAAGGUCGACAGAAGCAAGUUAAAGAAAACCCCAACAGAAGCUCCUGCGGACUGCAGGACGCUCAUAGAGAAGCUCAAGGGAUGCAGCGACGAGCAACUACUGCUGGAGCUGCAGCACAUCAAGACCUGGAAUAUUGGCAAGUGUGAGCUUUACCAUUGGGUUGACCUGCUGGACCGUUUUGAUGGGAUCCUGUGUGAUGCGGGCCAGACGGUGGAGAACAUGUCGUGGUUGCUGGUCUGUGACCGGCCGGACAACGGGCAGCUCAAAGCCUUACUGCUGGCCGUGCUCAACUUCACAGCCCUGCUCAUUGAGUACAGCUUCUCCAGGCACCUCUACAGCUCCAUAGAGCACUUGACCACCCUGUUAGCAUCAUGUGACAUGCAGGUUGUUCUGUCUGUGCUGAACCUCCUCUACGUGUUCAGUAAACGCUCCAACUACAUCACCAGACUGGGCUCUGACAAGAGGACCCCUCUGCUGGCACGCCUACAACAUCUGGCUGAGAGCUGGGGAGGAAAAGAGAAUGGCUUCGGUCUGGCAGAGUGCUGCAGGGACCUGGCUAUGACGAAGUACCCUCCCAGUGCCACCACACUGCACUUUGAGUUCUAUGCUGAACCUGGCCCCGAGGUCAAAGUGGAGAGGAAGACCAGUAGUAACACACUACACUACAUUCACAUCGAACAGCUCGACAAGAUCUCUGAGAGUCCCAGUGAGAUCAUGGAGUCUCUGACGGUGAUGUACAACAUCCCUAAAGACAAGCAGACCCUGCUGUUCACGCACAUCAGACUGGCCCACGGCUUCUCCAACCACAAGAAGAGACUACAAGCUGUACAGGCCAGGCUCCACGCCAUAUCUAUCCUGGUGUACUCCAAUGCACUCCAGGAGUCUGCCAACAGUAUUCUCUACAACGGCUUGAUAGAGGAGCUGGUGGACGUGCUACAGAUUACAGACAAACAGCUUGUGGACAUAAAGGCAGCGUCUUUACGCACCUUAACGUCCAUUGUGCACCUUGAGAGGACACCCAAGCUGUCCAACAUCAUCGACUGCACCGGCACAGCCUCUUACCACGGCUUCCUGCCUGUACUGGUGCGCAACUGCAUACAGGCCAUGAUCGACCCUCUGAUGGAGCCGUAUCCGCACCAGUUUGCCACGGCGCUGUUCUCCUUCCUCUACCACCUGGCUAGUUACGACGCUGGGGGGGAGGCCCUGGUCUCCUGUGGGAUGAUGGAAGCUCUGCUCAAGGUGAUCAAGUUCCUGGGGGACGAGCAGGACCAGAUCACGUUUGUGACGCGUGCGGUCCGAGUGGUGGACCUCAUCACCAAUCUGGACAUGGCAGCCUUCCAGUCACACACUGGCCUUACCAUCUUCAUCAGCAGGCUGGAGCAUGAGGUAGACCUGUCUAGGAAAGAGUGUCCUUUUGUCAUCAAGCCAAAGAUCCAGAGACCCAACUCCAUCGUAGAAUCUGAGGACAUGGACACGGACAUGGACGGCCAGUCAGAAAGCAUGUCAGAAGAGAGGAUGGAGAGCAGCCCUGGUCCCUCAACUUCCUCUGGCUCCAGACCUGAGACCGAUCCCAGAGGACUCAGCAACACUUCCAGCACGCCCCGUACAGGCGUCCAGUGUAUUCCCCAGAGGGCCGCUCUGUUGAAGUCUAUGUUAAACUUUUUAAAGAAAGCAAUCCAGGACCCUGCCUUCUCUGAUGGCAUCCGCCACGUCAUGGACGGGUCCUUGCCUACCUCACUCAAGCACAUCAUCAGUAAUGCCGAGUACUAUGGACCUUCUCUCUUCCUACUGGCAACGGAGGUGGUGACAGUGUUUGUGUUCCAGGAGCCGUCUCUGCUCUCCUCCCUGCAGGAUAACGGUCUGACUGAUGUCAUGCUGCAUGCCCUGCUCAUCAAAGACGUCCCGGCCACCCGGGAGGUGCUUGGUUCUCUCCCUAACGUGUUCAGUGCCCUGUGCCUGAACGCGCGAGGCCUGCACUCCUUCGUCCAAUGCCAGCCUUUUGAGCGCCUCUUCAAGGUGCUUCUGUCACCUGACUACCUGCCUGCCAUGAGACGACGCCGCAGCUCUGACCCUCUGGGAGACACGGCAUCCAACCUGGGCAGUGCUGUGGAUGAACUGAUGAGACACCAACCCACUCUGAAGACUGACGCCACUACUGCCAUCAUCAAGUUACUGGAGGAGAUCUGUAACCUGGGCCGAGCCCCGGAGUACAUCUGUCAGAAGCCCUCUAUCCAGAAGACUGAUGGCACCGUGACCGCGCCCCCGGCACGCUCUUCCCACGCCGCCGAGGAGGCCUCCAGCGAAGACGAGGAGGAGGAGGAGGCGCUCCAUACCUUCACCCAGCAGCAGGGGGAGCCAGAGAGCAACAGACAGGUUGUUGGCACUGAAGAGAGGAUACCCAUUCCUCUGAUGGAUUACAUUCUCAAUGUGAUGAAGUUUGUGGAGUCCAUCCUGAGUAACAACACGACCGACGACCACUGUCAGGAGUUUGUCAACCAGAAGGGUCUCCUGCCCCUGGUCUCCAUCCUGGGUCUACCCAAUCUGCCCAUUGACUUCCCAACAUCAGCUGCCUGCCAGGCUGUAGCCGGGGUCUGCAAGUCCAUACUGACCCUGUCCCAUGAGCCCAAGGUGCUCCAGGAAGGGCUGUGUCAGCUGGACAGCAUCCUGUCGGCCCUCGAGCCGCUCCACCGCCCCAUCGAGGUCCCCGGGGGCUCUGUGCUCCUCCGAGAGCUCGCCACCGCUGGUCACGUGACCGACGCCACGCUGUCGGCCCGCGCCACGCCCCUGCUACAUGCGCUCACCGCUGCGCACGCCUAUAUCCUGAUGUUCGUGCACACCUGCAGGGUAGGACAGAGUGAGAUCAGGGCCAUCAGUGUGAACCAAUGGGGCUCCCAGCUAGGUCUGAGUGUUCUCAAUAAGCUGAGCCAGCUCUACUGCUCUCUGGUCUGGGAGAGCACUGUGCUGCUAUCACUCUGCACACCCAACAGUCUCCCCCCAGGCUGUGAGUUUGGCCAGGCUGACAUGCAGAAGCUUGUUCCCAAGGAGGACAAGCCAUCUGGCAGCACCACAGCCACCGCCUCAGGAUCCAGGAGAGCUGCUGAUUCUGACACUGUUGCUUUGGACCCCCCUGCCACGGGUCUCCUGGAGGGGAUGGGGUUGGACGGGGACACACUAGCCCCCAUGGAGACUGAUGAGCCGACCGCCGGCACCGCUGACCCCAAGACCAAGUCUAAACUGACUCCCGCCAUGGCCACACGCAUCAAACAGAUCAAACCACUGCUCUCCGCAUCGUCUCGCCUGGGCCGGGCUCUGGCUGAACUCUUUGGUCUACUGGUGAAGCUGUGUGUGGGCUCUCCAGUCCGCCAGCGCCGCUCUCACCAUGCCACCAGCACGUCCACUGCCCCCACCCCCGCUGCCAGGGCCACCGCCUCCUCCCUCACCAAGCUGCUUACCAAGGGCCUCAGCUGGCAGCCCCCGCCCUACACCCCCACCCCUCGCUUCAGGCUGACGUUCUUCAUCUGCUCGGUGGGCUUCACGUCCCCCAUGCUGUUCGAUGAGAGGAAGUACCCCUACCACCUCAUGCUGCAGAAGUUCUUCUGCUCCGGAGGACAUGAUGCGCUCUUCGAGACAUUUAACUGGGCUCUUACUAUGGGUGGUAAGGUGCCUGUCUCUGAGGGCUUGGAGCACACUGAGCUUCCUGACGGGACAGGGGAGUUUCUGGAUGCCUGGCUGAUGCUGGUGGAGAAGAUGGUGAAUCCCAGUACCGUGCUGGACUCACCCCACAGCCUGCCCGUCAAGGUCCCUGGGGUUACCCCCACCACCCCCCAAUUCAGCGCCCUGCGGUUCCUCAUCGUCACUCAGAAGGCGGCGUUUAACUGCAUCCGAAGCCUGUGGAACAGGAAACCCCUCAAAGUGUACGGGGGCCGCAUGGCUGAGUCCAUGUUGGCCAUACUCUGUCACAUCCUUCGUGGUGAACCAGUCAUCCAGGAGCGGCUGGCCAAGGAGAGGGAGGGCACGGCCCGGCCAGAGGAGGAGGGGGGCCCAGGGUCCACCACGGUGCCUGUAGGCCCCAGCUCUGGAGCUGGAGGUGGAGUUGGAGCUGUAGGAACCCCUGGAGCAGCAGUGACUGCAGCAGAGGUGCCAGCAGGUUCCGGGUCAGGACCGGCUACCGGAGGCAGUUCAGCACCACCUGCACCAGGUGAAGCAGCCGAGGACUCUAGUAACUCUACUCCCAGGAGAGAACCACAGGUUAACCAGGUUCCGUUACAGCAGGGGCAGGGAGGAGGCAGGGAGAGGCAGCCAAACGUCAACCAGCAGCAGCUACAGCAGCUGAUGGACAUGGGUUUCUCCAGAGAGCAUGCCAUGGAGGCCCUGGUGAACACCAGCACCAUGGAGCAGGCCACAGAGUACCUGCUCACACACCCGCCUCCUCUACUCAGCGGAGCCGUCAGGGACAUGACCAUGUCAGAAGAAGACCAGAUGAUGAGGGCCAUCGCCAUGUCUCUGGGACAAGAGGUCAGCAUGGAGCAGCGCUCUGAUUCGCCCGAGGAGGCGGCGCGUCGUCGUGAGGAGGAUGACAGGAGAGCCAGGGAGCGUACGGAGGAGGAGGAGGCUCGCUGCCUGGAGAGGUUCCUGGAGGCCGAGCCCCUGGACAUUACGGAGCUCCACGCCUUCACUGACUCCAUGCUCCCCGGCUGCUUCCACCUGCUGGACGAGCUGCCAGACACAGUCUACCGCCUCUGUGACUUGCUCAUGACCGCCAUCAAGAGGAGCGGCCCCGAGUACAGGGACCUCAUCCUACGACAGGUCGUCAACCAGGUGUGGGAGGCAGCAGACGUGCUGAUCAAGGCAGCAGUACCCCUGACCACCAGCGACACCAAAACGGUAUCCGAGUGGACCAGACAGAUGGCCACCCUGCCCCAAGCCUCCAACCUGGCAACACGCAUCCUGCUGCUCACACUGCUCUUUGAGGAGUUGAAGCUGUCGUGUGCCAGGGUGGUGGAGAACAGUGGGAUCCUCAAUGUGCUCAUCAAGCUGCUGGAGGUGGUGCAGCCCUGUCUGCAGGCUGCCAAGGAGCAGAAGGACAUCCAGACACCCAAGUGGAUCACUCCAGUGUUGCUGAUCAUUGACUUCUACGAGAAAAUGGCCGUCUCAUCCAAACGCAGAGCGCAGAUGAACAAGUACCUGCAGCCCAAUGGUAAUAACUGGCGUUGGUUUGAUGACCGGUCCGGCCGCUGGUGCAGCUACUCUGCCUCUAACAACAGCACUAUAGACUCAGCCUGGAGGGCUGGAGAAAGCAGCGUCCGAUUCACUGCGGGACGCAGGCGAUACACCGUACAGUUCAACACCAUGGUCCAGGUGAAUGAGGAGACGGGUAACCGUCGUCCGGUGAUGCUCACGGUCCAGAGAGUGCCUCGCGUUCCUAAGCCGGCCAAGACGGGCAGCAUGACGGACUCUGAGAGAGAGGAGGGAGACAGGGGCAAGGCAGAGGAGACCCAGACAGACCCAGACUCUGCCCCAGUAGCCGUGGAGAUGAGUGCUCCAAAAGAGGACAAUGCUACCCCCCAACUAAAAGAGUCCUCCUCCGGUCCCUCUGCUCCCCCCGCCCCUCCUCCCACAGCCCCCCUGGACCCCACAUCGGAACGCACCGGGACAGGAGGAGCCAUCGUGGUGCAGGGCCUGACGGAGGAUAUGACCACAGUGCUCAUCAGAGCCUGUGUCUCCAUGAUCAGUGUCCCUGUGGACCCAGACACCCUCCACGCCACACUAAGGCUAUGCCUGCGCCUGACGAGGACCCACCAUUACGCCAUGAUGUUUGCUGAGCUGAAGAGUACCAGGAUGAUCCUGGGGCUGACGCAGGGGUCAGGGUUCAACGGCUUCACGCCCCUUGUCACCCUGCUGUUCAGACACAUCAUAGAGGACCCCGCCACGCUACGGCACACCAUGGAGAAGGUGGUACGGUCAGCAGUGACCAGCGGGGCGGGCAGCACCACGUCAGGUGUGGUAUCAGGCUCCCUGGGCUCCAGAGAGAUCAACUACAUUCUGCGUGUUCUGGGCCCUGCCGCCUGCCGGAACCCGGACUGCUUCGCUGACACAGCCAACAGCUGCGUCCGCAUCGCCCUGCCCGCACCUCGCGGAGCUGGUACGGCCUCAGAUGAUGAGUUUGAGAAUCUGCGUAUCAAGGGGCCCAACGCGGUGCAGCUAGUGAAGACCACCCCCCUCAAAAUGUCUCCGCUGCCCCCCAUCCCUGACACCAUCAAAGAGGUCAUCUAUGACAUGCUAAAUGCCCUGGCCGCCUACCACGCCCCUGAAGAGGCGGAGCGUCCAGAGGAGCGUGCGGUGGCGGUGCCCGGGGGGCAGGACCUGUGUCAGAUCCUCCAGGAUGUGGGCGACGACGUUUACCAGCAGUACAGACUCACCAGACAGGGCAGUGACUUCGACUCGCAGUCCGCUUUCCAUAUCAACCCCCAGGUGUUUUCUGCAGAUGGAGCGGUAGCUGAUUCCUCUCAGUCUGGAACACCCCAGGGAGAAGCCUCUACUCCAGAGGAGAUGCGUGAGGAGAAGAAGGAGGUGGAGGGGGAGAAGGGAGCCAGCUCAGAGGAGGGUAAGGGGGCCAAGGCUAAGGCCUCCAAGCCCCUGAUGCCCACCUCCACCAUCCUGCGUCUCCUGGCAGAGCUGGUCAGGUCCUACGUGGGCAUCGCCACCCUCAUAGCAUCCUACUGCUACACGGCCGGACAGUCUGAGCUCAUCAAGGAGGACUGCAGUGUAUUAGCCUUCGUGCUGGACCACCUGUUGCCCCACACCCAGAGCUCCGAGGACAAGGACACCCCAGCCCUGGCACGCCUCUUCCUGGCCAGCCUGGCAGCCGCUGGCACAGGCACCGAUGCACAGGUGGCCCUGGUCAAUGAGGUGAAGGCCGCACUCAGCCGGGCGCUGGCCAUGGCAGAGGGCACGGAGAAACACGCCAGGCUCCAGGCGGUGAUGUGCAUCAUCAGCACCAUCAUGGAGUCGUGUCCGUCCACCUCUAGCUUCUACAGCACGUCAGCAGCCAAGACGCAGCACAACGGCAUGAACAACAUCAUACGCCUCUUCCUCAAGAAAGGACUGGUCAACGACCUGGCUAGAGUACCGCACAGCCUCGAUCUGUCCAGUCCCAACAUGGCAAACACAGUGAAUGCAGCUCUGAAGCCCUUAGAGACUCUGUCCCGCAUCGUCAACCAGCCCAGCAGCCUGUUUGGAGGGAAGGGGGGAUCCAGCAAGAACAAGGCUGAGCACGACACUGUGGGAGCCGCCAGGGACUCCAAUAGCAACACACAAGGUGACUCUGGUGAGGCUGAGGGGACUCUGGUGGAGGGCAGUCACAGGGUCCAGGGGACAGACAGUGACCUGAUGGACGGAGAGACGGAGGGAGACACGGCAGUCAUCGCUGGUCAGCCGGAGGUGCUCAGCACAACGGCCAUGCAGGUGGAGAACGAGCUGGUGGAUCUGAUAGACGAGCUGUUGGAGAGAGACGCUGGCGCCGUCAAUAGCUCCAUUAUCGUGGGACGUGGCAGUGGUGAGGAUGAAUCACAAGAGGACGUGUUGAUGGAUGAGGCACCCUCCAAUAUCAGUCAGGCUUCUACUCUACAGGCCAACCGAGAAGAUUCUAUGAACAUCCUGGAGCCUGAGGAUGAGGAGCACACGCAGGAGGAGGACUCCAGUGGCAGCAACGAUGAAGAAGACAGCCAGGACGAAGAGGAGGAGGAAGAAGAGGAAGAGGAGGAGGAUCAGGACGAUGAAGAAGGAGAUGAGGAUGACGAUGAUGAAGGUUCGGAGAUGGAGCUGGAUGAAGAUUUCCCAGACAUCAACGCGGCGCCACACAUUCGCUUCGAGAGGUUUGACCGCGACGAUGACCUCAUCAUAGAGUUUGACAACAUGUUCUCCACCACCGCUGACAUCCCUCCCUCCCCAGGCAACAUUCCCAGCUCUCACCCCCUGAUGGUGCGUCACGCCGACCACGGCUCCCUAACGCUGGGCGGAGCUGGCACCAACAACCGCCUGGCGCAGGGCAUGGGUCGUAGCCAGAGAACGCUACGCCAGCUCACCGCCAACACGGGCCACACGAUACACGUCCACUACCCCGGGAACAGACAGCCCAACCCUCCACUCAUCCUGCAGAGACUGCUAGGUCCCAGUGCUGCAGCAGACAUCCUGCAGCUGUCCAGCUCUCUGCCCCUGCAGUCCCGCGGCCGCGCACGUCUCCUGGUGGGCAACGAGGACGUGCACAUCAUCGCCCGCUCCGACGACGAGCUGCUCGACGACUUCUUCCACGAGCAGAGCAGCACCGGAGGACAAGCAGGCACUCUGUCCAGUAUCCCCACUGCCUUAACCCGAUGGACUGAUGAGUGUAAAGUACUGGACGCUGAGAGCAUGCACGACUGUGUAGCAGUGGUGAAGGUUCCUAUCCUGCAACACUUGGAGACCCUGAGAGAUGAGGAGCUGGAGGAGAGGAGGGAGAAGAAAAGACGCCAGCUGGCGGAGGAGGAGGAGGCUAAGCAGAACGACAGAAGGACAGGAGGAGAGGAGGCCAGGGAGCAGAGUCUACAGGGCUCGGGACUGGGGACGGUCAAUGGUGCGGCUGGAGAGACCACUGCUGAAGGUGAGGCCCAGGGCAGUGGUGUGUCGUGUCUGGACCCUCCUCGGGUCUCGGAUGGUUUCCUCACCGCUCCCCCCUCAGGAGAGGUCACCCCCACAACCCCCGCCCCCCACGAACAGGCCCUGGUUUCCCUGGAGACUGCCAUCAGCCAGCAGGUCCACCAGCCAAUCGCAGACCUGCUCCUGGCCGAGUCGCAUGCCAAUUCACUGGCCGCCCUGGCAGGGGCCGGUCUUCCUGCCCUUGCGGCGGUAUCCGAUAGGCCGACCUGCGAAGUGGAGGCGUCACAGAUGGAAAUGUCCCCGGUGCCCACUAUUGGUGAGAGAGGAGGAGCGAUGGAUGGAAGCAGGGAAGCCUCCCUGAGUCCAGACAUCGUGGAGACCGCUGAGCCUGCAGCGGUGGGCUUGUCACUACUGGAAGGGUCUCCCAUGGAUACCAGUAGCCCCAUUUCUGCCACGCAGGAAGAGCCUGUCCCCAACCCCACCCAGGCUGUCCAUCUGCCACAGGAGCUGUCAGGGAGUGGAGACGGCGGACUGACGGCCAGGCAGACAGACGGGGAGUCAGGCUCCACCUCUGUCUCCUCCCCUGGAGAGACCAUGCCCCGGAGUGACAGCGCAGACAGCCAAUCCCAGGCCAUCCAGGAAGAGCCCUUCCCAUCCACCAGCAAUGAGGAUGAGGACCCACUGGCAGGCAUCAGUCUACCAGAGGGUGUAGACCCAUCCUUCCUGGCAGCUCUUCCAGAGGAUAUCCGUCGCGAGGUGCUCCAGAACCAGCUGGGUAUCCGACCCCCAGCACGCCCCCCUGCCGCCGCCACCCUCCCCUCCACCACUGCCCCCGUACUGGGAGGAGGACCCGGCGUCACAGAAGUCAGCCCUGAGUUCCUGGCUGCCCUGCCACCCGCCAUACAGGAGGAGGUCCUGGCCCAACAACGUGCUGAACAGCAGCGUAGAGAGCUGUCCCAGCAGCCCACGCAAGGCGACACUCCCCUGGACCCCGUCACCUUCAUCCAGACCCUCCCCUCGGAGCUGCGGCGCUCCGUCCUAGAAGACAUGGAGGACAGCGUGCUGGCUGUCAUGCCCCCGGACAUCGCCGCCGAAGCAGCCGCGCUGCGCCGGGAGCAGGAGGCUCGUCAGAGACAGCUGAUGCACGAGAGGCUGUUCGGCCAUAGUUCCAGCUCGGCCCUGUCAGCCAUUUUGAGGUCGCCUGCGUUUACCAGCCGCCUUGGGGGCAACCGAGGGGUACAGUACACCCGCCUUGCCGUGCAGAGAGGCGGGACCUUCCAAAUGGGAGGAGGGGCCAACCAGAGCAGACCGUCCAGUUCCAGUGUGGACUCUCUGCUGCGUCUGCGGGGUCGUCUGCUCCUGGAUCACGAGGCAUUGUCCUGUCUCCUAGUCCUCCUCUUCGUAGACGAACCCAAACUCAACACCAGCCGUCUGCACCGCGUGCUCCGCAACCUGUGCUACCACUCCCAGACGCGUGGCUGGGUCAUCCGCAGUCUCCUCUCCAUCCUGCAGCGCAGCAGCGAGAGUGAGGUUUGUGUCGAGACCACCCGCCUGGAAGACGCCAGAGGCAAGCGGACUGCCGGCGGUCAGGGAGGUUACGGAGGGAGUAAAGGGUCUACGACCGCAGCAACCGCUUCCGCCUCCCUCUCUUCCUCCUCUCUGGAGCUUCUCAACCGGGUAGAGUCUCGUAGCUCCUCCCAGCUCUCUUGGCUGUCCGUUUCCAUGGAUGCGGCGCUAGGAUGCCGUACAAACAUUUUCCAGAUCCAGCGGGCGCCGGGACGGAAGCAUGCCGACCGGCACUCUGCGGGGGGGACAUCAGGAGGGCCCGGGGGGACCCUGGGAGGAGGGGUACAGGGGGGUGCGGCGGGGAUGACGUGUGCAGGGGGAGGAGGGUCGACCGUACACAUCCACCCCCAGGCCGCCCCUGUGGUCUGUCGGCACGUACUGGAUACUCUUAUCCAACUGGCCAAGGUGUUCCCCAGUCACUUCACCCAGCAGCGCUGUAAGGACCUGCUCUCCUCCUCCACAUCUGAACUAGACUCCCGUCUGUGUGCUGCUGCCUCUAUCGUCACCGGAACAGCAGGAGGAGGCUCUAGAUCCACCCAGACCUCCUCCAACACCCCCUCCUCAGCCCAGAACUCCCUGGGUGGGGGCGCCUGUGGCGUGGCCAUCACCCCCCAGUCCCUUGGCAUCUCUACCGACUUCUGGGACCUGCUGGUGAAGCUGGACAACAUGAAUGUGUCGAGGAAAGGCAAGGCCUCCAUGAAGACUCUUCCCCUGGGGGCGGGAGGGGAGGCAGAUGGGGCUCAGUUCAGCCUAGAGGCUUCUCCUCUGGGCCAGCUGAUGAAUAUGCUGUCCCACCCAGUGAUACGACGCUCCUCCCUGCUAACCGAGAAGCUACUGCGUCUCCUCUCCCUCAUCUCCAUCGCCCUGCCCGAUAAUAAGGCUACGGAAGUCCCCGCCGGACACCCAACACCGCAGACCACCACCGUUGGUGCAGCCGUCGCCGCUCCAGGCUCUGUCUCCGCCUCUGCUCAGGGGAACACUGUAGGGGUGGUCUCAGGCGUCGGGGUGGUGUCGGGGGCCUCGGUAGUGGCUGCAGCGCAGGGCUCGUCCUCAGGGACAGGCCAGACCUCUACAGCUAUAGUCUCUAUACCCACCACUACUGGAGCCAGCGCCACAGGGAAGCAUAGAGCGACUGUGCUCUGUGUUGAAAGUGACACCAAGCUGGCCUCCACUGGACUCACUGAGAAACAACUACAGCUCUCUGUCGAGGUGCUGACCAGUCACUCGUGUUCAGAGGAGGGUCUGGAGGAUGCAGCCAACAUCCUGCUCCAGCUGUCCAGAGGAGAUGGAACCACCAGAGACACUGUGCUCCGUCUGCUGCUGAGUGGUGCUAGACAUCUGGGAUACACACUCUGCAAACAGAUUGGCACAUUAUUGGCUGAGCUGCGUGAGUACAACCUGGAGCAGCAGCGGAGAGCCCGGGCCGACGCCCAGUCACCUGAUGCCCCGGCCGAGGACACCUCCCUCUCUGCCAGGCUGAAGGCCGGCAAGCUCUCUAGCAGGUUCGACGGCUCGGAGAGCGUGGUGAUCGUGGCAGCCCAGAAGCGGACGCUGGGCGGGCGGGAGCUGCAGCUGCCCUGCAUGUCCUCCCUGACCUCGAAGACGUCCACCCAGAAGUUCUUCCUGCGGGUUCUGCAGGUCAUCAUCCAACUACGAGAGGACACGCGCCGUGCCAACAAGAAGGCCAAGCAGACCGGACGACUAGGCUCCACCAGUCUGGGCUCUGCCAGCAGUAUCCAGGCAGCGGUACGUCAGCUUGAAGCCGAGGCUGACGCCAUCAUCCAGAUGGUGAGAGAGGGGCAGCGGGCACGCCGCCUCCAGCAGGCACCCCCGCCUUCCGCCUCUGUCGCCGGAUCCUCCGUGGCUGCCUCCCAUGCCCCCGCCGCUGCCCCCCCUGCCCCCGGCACGGCGAGCGCUGCAACGUCGGAGGUAGGGUCAGUGUCGGAGCCCCAGGCAGCCCAGAGGGAUGAGUCUCCCAUGGAUGUAGACCAGCCAUCCCCUCUGGAGCAGGACCUUGCACCCUUGGAUGAAGAAGGCAACGGCCAAUCCGAGACAGAGGAGCGUCUCCCAGACCUCCCCCUGCUAAGCGAGCAGCUUCUGUUAGACGAGCUGUGGGACAUGCUCGGGGAGUGCCUGAAGGAACUGGAGGAGUCACAUGAUCAGCACGCUGUUCUGGUUCUUCAGCCGGCAGUGGAGGCCUUCUUCCUGGUCCACGCCACAGAGAGGGAGAGCAAGCCCCUCAGGGACACCAGGGAGAGCCAAUUGUCCCACAUCAAAGAUGAGCCUCCCCCCCUGUCCCCUGCGCCCCUCACCCCCGCUACCCCCUCUUCUCUGGACCCCUUCUUCUCCAGGGAACCCUCCUCCAUGCACAUUUCCUCCAACCUGCCUCCCGACACACAGAAGUUCCUCCGCUUUGCCGAGACUCACCGCACCGUGCUUAACCAGAUUCUGCGUCAGUCCACCACCCACCUGGCCGACGGACCCUUCGCUGUGCUGGUCGACUACAUCCGUAUCCUCGACUUUGACGUCAAGCGGAAAUACUUCCGUCAGGAGCUGGAGCGUCUGGACGAGGGUCUGAGGAAGGAGGACAUGGCUGUCCACGUCAGGAGGGACCACGUCUUUGAAGACUCUUACAGAGAGCUGCACCGCAAGAGCCCCGAGGACAUGAAGAACAGACUGUACAUAGUGUUUGAAGGGGAGGAGGGUCAGGAUGCAGGAGGUCUGCUGAGAGAGUGGUACAUGAUCAUCUCCAGGGAGAUGUUUAACGCCAUGUACGCCCUGUUCCGCACAUCGCCCGGCGACAGGGUCACCUACACCAUUAACCCCUCGUCCCACUGCAACCCAAACCACCUCAGCUACUUCAAGUUCGUAGGUCGCGUGGUGGCCAAGGCCGUCUACGACAACCGACUACUGGAGUGCUACUUCACACGCAGCUUCUACAAGCACAUCCUGGGCAAGAGUGUCAGGUACACAGACAUGGAGAGUGAGGACUACCCAUUCUUCCAGGGCCUUGUCUACCUGCUGGAGAAUGAUGUCUCCACUCUGGGCUAUGAGCUGACGUUUAGCACUGAGGUCCAGGAGUUUGGUGUGUGUGAGGUGCGGGACCUGAAGCCUAACGGAGGCAACAUCAUUGUCACCGAGGAGAACAAAAAGGAGUACGUCCACCUAGUCUGUCAGAUGAAGAUGACUGGUGCGAUACGUAAGCAGCUGUCAGCCUAUCUGGAGGGUUUCUACGAGAUCAUCCCCAAGAGGCUGAUCUCCAUCUUCACAGAGCAGGAGCUGGAGCUGCUCAUAUCUGGCCUGCCCACUAUAGAUAUAGACGACCUCAAGGCCAACACCGAGUACCACAAGUACCAGUCCAGCUCCAUACAGAUCCAGUGGUUCUGGCGGGCCCUGCGUUCCUUCGACCAGGCGGACAGAGCCAAGUUCCUGCAGUUCGUGACGGGCACGUCCAAGGUUCCUCUGCAGGGCUUCGCCGCGCUGGAGGGCAUGAACGGAAUACAGAAGUUCCAGAUCCAUCGCGACGACCGCUCCACCGACCGCUUACCGUCAGCUCACACCUGCUUUAACCAGCUGGACCUCCCAGCCUACGAGAGCUACGAGAAACUGAGACACAUGCUGCUGCUGGCCAUUCAGGAAUGCUCAGAGGGAUUCGGACUGGCUUAGACCUACCCACACUGAGACUCUUAACAUAUACACACAAUUUAUCUUGCCUACUCUGAAAGAUUGAAACUGAUGACACACAGACGCACCAUCAUUGACAUUACUGGGUGACUUGUUGGGAAAAUGGCCUCUAGACAUACAACUGGUUCGUAAUCCAUAUAAAGAAACAGACCGACCAGCAGCGUGGUAUGAUGGACGGACUGACUGACUGAUAUUACUUACUACACACAGAGCUUCAUGUCAAUAGACACACAGACCUGUACCUGGUAUGUGUGAAUCUCCCUCCCCUCCCACAUUAAAAUGCCAGAAACCUGAGAGGGAGUGAAUUCAGAGGAUAAAAACAUGGACUAAUAUAAAAUACAUUUUCUCUGUUUAGUUUGAUUUCUCUGUACAAAAGGUUUGGGAGUUUAUGUUUAAUCUUUUUUGUUCUUCUCUGGCUGUGUAAAAAGGAGAAGGUUGUUUGUGUGUCUGAACAGGAUGGUUAUAAAACCUUUGGGGGAAAAUGUUGGUUGUUUCUUGUUUGCGAAUUUGUGACCUCAUAAGCCUUGAAGAUGGGGGAAAUGUUUUUAUGGGGAAAGAAGGAGAAAAAAAGAAGUUUUGAAGAAAUGCACUUUUCAAAGUUGUGGCAUUUUUAUGGAAGGAUGGUCCAAAAAAAAUGAAGAGAACAAGUGAAGAAAGCAGAUGAUAAAGAAAUUAACCACAAAAUCUAGAGUAUUUUUGGCUAUUAAAUCGCUGACCCAGCCUUGAGCCUUUGAAUCAGUGAAAUAACUACAUGAAUAAAUGCAUAAAAUUGA